AUGCCGUUGACACGUGCGGCUACUGCUGCUGCUGAAAGAAGAAUGACCCCGGCAGCCGUUUCCUUCGAGGACUGGGUAAACAAGAGACAGAGGGAAGGUCUCUCACAAAGCGAUCUUCCUGAUCUCAUGAAGCACCGAGAUGCUGUGACGGACAGCUUCAGACACCUCUGGGUCAAGAUGGAAGUGCAGGAAGCCGAGGAGGAGGUGCUUCGCAAACAACUUGCGCGCCUGAAAGCACAGCUCGCGGCUUCAGCACAAGCGAACGUCGUCGCCGCCGCCGCCGCGUUCACCCAGAUCGUGAGUAGAUUUAGUCUCAUCAUCCUACUCAAGAUCGCCAGCGAAGUGAAGUGAACGUUCUGUGGCUUACUCACACCAAUGCUCGUUCGCUCCAUACAGAGAGCCGAGGACACUGCCGGUGGGAGUGAAGAGAGUUCGGAAGCUAAGGACGGGGGCGGUGAGGACUCGGAAGAAGCUGAGGCGGAGGGAUCGCAGGAAGCUGUAACGGACGAAUCGGUGGAAGCGGUGACGGAGAGCUCGGUCGAGGAGAGCUCGGUGGAGGUGGAGGCGGCGGAGACGGCAGAGACCGGAGAGACGGAGGGAGAGACGGAGACUGGAGACACGGAGGGGGAGACGGAGACGGGAGACACGGAGGGGGUGACGGAGAGCUAG